UGUUAUUUCACUGGAGCAUAGCCAGCGUCGAAUUUACCCUCAGUUACAGCUCCGUUGCUGCCAAACUAAUAGAAUUGACAACGCCUUUUGCCAGUCACCGGGACAAGAAUGGCUGAGCCACUAGUUCUCAACUCUGUAAUAGGCUUUGGCGGACAAAUAGAUAAUGGCCUUAUUGUGCACCCUGACGGGCGCACCCUUAUAUACCCACUUGGCAGCACCGUUGUUCUACGCGACCGAACAGACCCCCGGUCUCAAGAGUUCUUACAGGGGCAUAGCGAUAAGGUUUCCUGCCUGGCCUUGUCGCGCUCGGGCAAGUACCUAGCGACUGGUCAAAUAACUUACAUGGGAUUUACAGCUGAUAUCAUCAUUUGGGACCUGGAGUCAAAGCAGCUCUUGCACCGUAUGGCGCUGCAUAAGGUCAAGGUCCAAGCGCUAGAUUUCUCAUGCGACGAACGUUAUCUCGCAUCCCUGGGAGGCCAGGAUGAUAACGCACUGGUGCUCUGGGAUGUACAAAGUGGGAAUGCUAUUUGCGGAAGCCCCACAGCCACCAACUUCACCACCUGUGUCAAGUUCUUCAACAACAGCAACGAUAAGCUCGUCACGGCAGGGAACUUCAACCUCAACGUCUGGACGUAUGACUCGGUCAACAACAAGCUCCGUCCGCAGGACGCCAGCCUGGGCACUCUCAAGCGUAUCUUUAAAACCAUCUCCAUUGACAUCAACGACCAGUGUGUGCACUGCGGCACCACGACAGGCGACGUACUCCAGAUUGCUCUGGAUCGCGUGCUGUUCAAGAACACAGGGCCUGCGAAGGGCAACGUGCAGCUGGGGGUCACCGCCUCGUGCGAGGUGCCCACCGGGGACCUGUUGGUGGGAGGUGGCGACGGGUCCUUGCAGCUCCUCCGCAAGAUGCCCGCCGUGGCGGCCACCCGGGUGGAGGGCGCCGUCACCUCCAUCAGCCUGGCGGACGUCAGCAGCCGCUCCUUCACAUUCUAUGUGGGCACCGCCAUGUGCAACAUCUACAAGGUCACCUACGAACCGGGCUCGGGCAGGUUGAAGGAGGAGCUCAUCCAAACCGCCCACGCUGAGAAGAUCAACGGCCUUGCCUUCCCGCACUUGUAUUCUGAGGUGUUCGCCACCUGCGGCACGGGCUUCAUCCGGCUGUGGCACCUGUCCACGUGCCGCGAGCUGCUGCGUAUUGCGGUGCCCAACCUGGAGUGCCACUGCAUCGCCUUCACAACGGAUGGGUCCGCCAUCUUGUCGGGUUGGUCCGACGGUCGCAUCCGCGCGUUUGGGCCCCAAUCCGGCAAGGUCAUCUUCACCAUCAACGACGCGCACCAAAAGGCCGUCACGGCCAUCGCGUCCACCUCGGACAGCUCCAAGAUCAUUAGCGGCGGCGAGGAGGGCAUGGUGCGAGUGUGGCGGCUGGGCCGCACCUCCCAGACUUUGGAGGCUUCCAUGAAGGAUCACAAGGGGCCGGUCAACUGCAUCCGCGUCAAGGCCGCCGAUGACGAGUGCGUGUCUGCCUCCUCGGAUGGCUCGUGCAUCAUCUGGGACCUGAACACGUACAAGCGCCGCACCAGCCUCUUCUCCAACACCUUUUUCAAGAGCGUGGUCUACCAUCCAGACGAGUCGCAGCUGGUCACGACGGGCACCGACCGAAAGAUCACGUAUUGGGACGCCUACGACGGCAACGCCAUCCGCAUCAUUGACGGCAGCGACGGUGAUGAGGUCAACGCGCUGGCUGUGGACCGCGACGGCGAGGCCAUUGUCAGCGGCGGCGGCGACAAGCUGGUCAAGCUGUGGGGCUAUGAUGAGGGGCACUGCUACUUUGUGGGUGUAGCGCACAGCGGUGCGGUGUCUGGCAUCGGUGUGACGCCGGACAAGCAGCGUAUCGUGUCUGUGGGCACUGAGGGCGGCAUCUUCAUUUGGGACUACCAGCGACCGCAAACACUGGCGGACAUUUAA